UUUUGAUCGUUCUAAAACCCUCCUUUACUGAAAACUCUAUUGCUCUCGAAAGCCGAUGAUGGUUCACUGGUUGAAGUUUAUUUGACGCUUCUGUCUGGUACCUGCGACAAAGAACCCAGCCAUAUUUUGCCAUGCACUACUCAAUGAGGUUGGUUACAAUGUUUGCUUUCUUUGCAUAAAAUAUGGUAGACAGAUUAGAAGAAAAUUAAGGGAAAAAAUAAUUGAAUGAUGAGGAUUAGCUUUCCACGCCCGGCAAAACUCCAACUUUGUGACUUCAAUAGAGUUUUUCAAGCGUCUUUUGCUGUAUUUGCACAGACCUAUUCCCCUGUUUCGGAUUCAGAUGAAAUAGAAGAACCAGAACUCAAUCACACACAUGGAAAAGCUGCACAUAUAGACACGAUUCAAGAUGUAGAGGGCACACGGGAAUCAAAAUACAAAUACCCACAUGGAAAAACCUCACAUAAAGGAAUGUAUAAGGAUUCAGAAAACGCAGGGGAAUCUAAACUCAAAUGCCCACAUAGAAAAACGUCACUUAAAGACAUUAGACAGGAUUCAAAGGACAGAAGGGAAUCAAAGCCCAAAUACCCGCACAGAAAAAAUUCUUCACAGGACAGGAGGGAAUCAAAGCCCAAAUACCCACAUCAUGAAAAAUCUGAACAUAAAGACAUGAUUACGGAUUCAAAGGACACAAGGGAAUCCAAAACCAGAUACCCAUAUGGGAAUACCAAACAUAAAGAUAUGAUUCAGGUUCUUUUGAAAGAGACAAACAUAUCUGAAGCCAUGGGAAUGUAUGACAGACUGGUCGGUACUAAAGUUAUGCCUGAUUGUUACACCCAUAAUGCGGUCCUAAAGGGAUUUGCAAAGGGAGGAAAAGUUGAGGAGGCGCUAAGUUUCCUCAAUCACAUGACACAGAAAAGUGGCUUCUUGCCAAAUGCUGUAACUUUCAAUAUUUUGCUAAGUGAAUCCAGUAAGGCUGGAAAUUUAGGUAAGGUUGAAGAGAUAUUGGAGCAAAUGAUAGAGAAUGGUUGUGCACCUGAUAAUGUCACACUUGACUUGCUAGUUAGAUCAUUUUGUAAUGCUGGGAAAGAGGAUACUGCACAAGACGUCUUCAAGGAAAUUGUUAGUAAUGCUGUUACUCCAGAUAUGACCACUUUCAAUUUUUUAAUCCGUCACAUGUGCAAGAUCAAGAAGAUUGACAAAGCAUACGAAUUCAUUGAGGCAACGAAAUGUUCAAACUGCAAACCUGAUCUUGUUACUUAUAGUAUAAUGAUUGAUGCACUUUGUGAUGGAAAGAAUAUGAAAGAAGCAAGACAGAUGUUAGGUUCGAUGAGGGAAGCUGGUUGUAAGCCUGAUUGCUAUCUAUACAAUACAAUGAUGAAGGGCUACUGUAAAAUCAACAAGGCUAAUGAAGCCUCUGCAAUUUUUGAGACAAUGAAGGAAGAUGGGUGUGCCCCUGAUGUAGUAACAUAUAACACACUCAUAUUUGGCUUCUCGAAGGUUGGGAAUAUCAAUGAAGCCAAUAAGUUUAAGAAGCUUAUGAUUCAUGCAGGGCAUUCUCCAGAUGUCAUUACUUACACUUCCCUUAUGAAUGGCCUUUGUAGAAAAGGCAAUGCUCUACAAGCCUUAGCGCUCUUAGAGGAAAUGGAACAGAAUGGCUGUCAGCCUGAUGGCUGUACAUACAACUCUCUAUUGUUUGGCCUCUGCAAGUCUCGGCACUUGCCUCAGGCUUUGGAGCUUUUUGAGUUAUUGAAAUCAAAGGCAGUACGUUUUGAGAGAAGCAGCUAUCUCACCUUUGUUAGGGCACUUUGUAGAGCAGAACAGGUGGAUAAAGCACAUGAGGUUUUAGAUUACACGAUAAAAACAAAAUCCUUGCCAAAUGAUGAAGCAAAACGUGCCUUGGAAAAUGCACUAGAAUUAUCUAAGAAACCUCGUGUAAAGUAAUUUUCCGGUUAACCUUUCUGGAUGAGCAUUAUUAGACUUAUGUUUUGCUCUCUUGUUCACUAUUAGUAUGAAGUCAAAAAAAUUUUCAACUGA